AAAACCGCACAGAGACACAGUCAAAAACAGCCACCAAGAGAGAGGAGGAAUGUACAUACACAAAUCCACGAGUAGGCAUGUCACCCCCAUGACCUCCAAGAUGCAUAUAACUUGGACAAGGUGAAGGGAGAAGAGAACAGGGGAAGGGAGAGGGACACCACCGCUAGAAGUACGCGCUCGGAUUGCGGGGAGCAAAGGAGUCGCAUCCCUUUUGCCUCGCCAGCUUCCCACCCAGCUCCUGUUUCUUCUCCUCUCUCCCUCUCUCUCUCUCUCCUGUCUUCUCUUGUGCAAGCAAGGCUUAGACAAUGAUGACCUGUGGGUCUCGAAGCAACGAGAUGGUGGAUGAGUUCGCGAAGCUGGUCAUCAGAAUGAACCCUCCAAGGGUCACCGUGGACAACGACUCCGACAUGACUGCCACCUUGGUGAAGGUGGAUAGCGCGAACAAGUAUGGGACCUUGCUGGAGGUGGUUCAGGUGCUGACCGAUCUGAAGCUGACCAUAAAGAGGGCCUACAUUUCCUCCGAUGGCGAGUGGUUCAUGGAUGUGUUCCAUGUCGUGGAUCAGGAUGGGAAUAAACUUUAUGAUGGCCAAGUCAUUGACAGAAUUGAACAGUCUCUGGGAGCGGGAUCGCUGAGCUUCCGGGCGCCGGAGCGGUCGGUCGGCGUUGAGGCGGAGGCGGAGGCGGAGGAGGCGCAGACGACCAUCGAGCUGAUCGGCAAGGACCGGCCGGGCCUCCUGUCGGAGGUGUUCGCGGUGCUCACGGACCUGAAAUGCAACAUCGUGGCGUCGGAGGUGUGGACGCACGACGCCCGCGUGGCGGCGCUGGUGUACGUGACGGACGCCGACACGCGCGGCGCCAUCGAGGACCCAGAGCGGCUGGACACGGCGAAGCGCCUGCUCCGGCACGUCCUGCGCGGGAGCAGCCGGGACAAGAAGGCCGCCCGCGCCGCCAUCUCGGCGCGCGUGGCGCACGCGCAGCGCCGCCUGCACCAGAUGAUGCACGCCGACCGGAGCAGCAGCAGCCGCCGCCGCGGCGAGGACGGAGAGGCAGCGGACGCGGGCGACGAGGUGGCCGACGGUGCUGCGCGGAGCGGCAUCCGGCCGGUCGUCGCGGUGGAGGACUGCGCCGAGCGGGGGUACACGCUCGUGAACGUGCGGUGCCGCGACCGGCCCAAGCUGCUGUUCGAUACGGUGUGUACCCUCACCGACAUGCAGUACGUGGUCUUCCACGGCACCGUCAUCGCCGAGGGGUCAGAAGCUUACCAGGAGUACUACAUCAGGCACCUCGACGACAGCGCCGCCACCUCCGGCGAAGACCGGGGCCGGCUCUGCCGGGGUCUCGAGGCCGCGAUCCAACGCCGGUACACCGAGGGGUUGAGGCUGGAGCUGUGCUGCGAGGACCGGGUGGGGCUGCUGUCCGACGUGACGCGCAUCUUCCGGGAGCACGGGCUGUCGGUCACGCACGCCGAGGUGGAGACGCGGGGGUCGCAGGCGGCGAACGUGUUCUACGUGGUGGACGCGUCGGGGGAGCCCGUGCAGGGCCAGGCCGUGGAGGCCGUCCGCGCGGAGAUCGGCGAGCAGAUCCUGUUCGUCAGGGAGGACGCGGCGGCGCCCAGGUCGCCGCCGGGCCGCGACGGCAGGCGCUCGAUCGGGAACAUGAUCCGGUCCCGGUCCGAGAAGUUCCUCUACAACCUAGGGCUCAUCAGGUCGUGCUCGUAGCCGCCGCCGCCGUCGCAGGUCAACUAAUCAGAGCACGUAUUCAGGGCAGUGUAGCUUACCACUAGCUAAAGCUAGCAAGGGGCGGGGUUCCUAUCAACGAUGACACGUUGAUCGAUCCAUGUCAAAAUCCUUGGAUGAACUUAGGAACCUAGAACCUUGGUCUGUUGCUGUGUAAAUAUCCUGAUCUGUGCUACUGUCGUUUCGUUUCGUUUCGUUCCUUUAAUCUAUUGCAAGCUGCCACUCGAGUCAACAAAUGCAAACGCACUGCUGCCCAUGCAGUCUGGGUCAAGUAAUGCUAGGUACGAUGGAACGUGGAGUAACAGUAGGUCUAAAGAAAAUACGGAUCGUAUAUAUGAAAGAGAGA